GGUGGGGUUUUUUUUCUUUUUUUUUUAAACGUCCACAGUGCACGUUAGAAAUCCGGAUGUGUACACCGGAACUAACAAUAGUAACACGAUCUGUUAUAGUGUUAACAUCACUAGUCACAAAGUGGAUCGGAAAAAGAGUUUACCAAAAAAAACCUAGAUCUAUUAUGAAGUUAUCUAAUUUGAAAUAUUUGUUUUUUUCUUUACUACUAACAACUGCUUUGUUGUAUGUGGUCUUACCUGAUCUGGAACUGUAUUUCAUGUUUUUUAAGGAUUCCAUAUUUAAUGGAGAAUUCUCCAACAAAAUGACCCAAUACGAUAUGGUAACUGCCAAGUUGCUAUUGAAACGAUUUGCCUCAGAAAUGGAAUCUGCCAACAUGACGUAUUUCUUGUAUUCGGGGAGUCUUCUGGGAUCGUACCGACAUCGUGGAAUUGUUCCUUGGGACGACGAUAUUGACGUGAUUGUUCCUUUUAGACAAAGACCAGAUCUCCGCACGACCUUGUCUGAGCUUGAACCGUUAUUCACCCUCGAUACGUCAAUGGACAUUCGUUGGAAAUUUUAUUCCAUUUUGUCGGAAGCAAUAAAAACAAAAAGCUGGAAAUGGCCGUUUCUCGAUAUAAGUUUUUACUUUGAAAACGAGACUCACAUCUGGGAUACCGACAGGCGCUGGAGACUGACUUCCAUCUACAACAAGUCGAUUGUGUUUCCACUAGGAAAGGGAAGUUUCAUGAAUAUGAGUUUGCCGGUUCCUAAGGAUCCGUAUGCGUUUCUUUCAUUCAACUUUGACGUGAACAUUUGUAAAUCCAACAGUUACGACCACAAACAAGAAACGAGUAUUCCGUACUUAUUUCAAACAUCUGUACCAUGUUACAUACUACGAAAGAGGUUUCAGUUUGUAAAUCAUGAUUAGGCCUAGUGUAAUCGUCACCAAAUUUUGCCAUAUACCGUAAAUGCUUUGAUAGAGGUCUGCCUUGAAUACAAGCCUGUCUCGAUUAAACGUAAAGGGCGUGUCUCAGAGCUUCGCGAAACAAAUAGAGGCCUGCCUUGAAUAGAAACCUGUCUAUUGUCCGAACCAAAUUGUUAACAACUACGAAAAAUUACUCUCCU